CUCUCUUUCAUUUUUUUUUCUCUUCUCAUUUUAAAACUUCUAUUUCUCUCUAUCAAAUCCAAUCUCUAACCCAAUACAUAUCUUCUUUCCUCUCUGACCAGUCUUUGCUCCUCUUAACCGGUUAUUUGCUCUCCUCAUUCUCUCCCCCAUUCAACCUCCCUCUAUCUGUUUAUCUCUCUCUUUCUCUCAUUCUGUCUCUCUCUUACUCUUGGCUCCUUUUCAUCCAAAAUUCUUGAUACUAGUUUUGAAGGGUCAAAUAGUUGUUGUAAGGGAAGAGAACAACUUGACUCAUAGUUUGGUCCUUUUUUUAUUAUAUUAUAAAUAUAUCUUGCAUUUCUUACAAAGAAAAAAGGUGAAAACUCGUGUUUCCCAUCAACAAAAUACCUUUACACAAAUCUCUAUUAUUGCCUUACUUUAGUCUUUCUAGUCUUUUACUCUUCCAUGUUACAUAUUUUUGUUUACCUUUGUUUUUCCCAUCAUCAAAUCCUUUAACUAAAAGACUAUGUUUUACAACAAAUUUACGGAUAUUUUGUUCUUCACUUGUGACACAUUGAGCUGAUUAUUGUUAUUGUGUGUUUUCCUUCUUUUUAUUAUUAACGCAUUUCGGAUUACAAUCAUUUGUGUGUUAACCUGAUAUUUGACAAUUUAAGGUUAUUAAAUCUACUAAUAAUUUAUCAACAUACUUCAUAAUCAUCAUCAUCUUAAUCAUCACCAUCAUUUUCAUCAAUCUUUAUGCAUGUUCCUUUGUAAGUGAUGUUUAACGUUAAAAUGGAUAGGAUGACACAAACAUUGACUUGUAGGGUUCAAUAUCUAAACGAUAUUGAUCCCUUUAGAGCCUCAACUAAUUUCCCUGAGCCACCAAGACCUCCAUUACACUCAUUUAAUGUAAAUAUACCAUUAGUUAAUCAAAUUGCUGGAGUACACCGUCUUCUUCAAGCACCUCACAGACUUGAUGAUUGUUCCUUGCAAUUGUAUAAACAUCAAGGAAAUGAUAAUGCCAUUGAAUCUGAUUGCUAUGGACCUUAUCUUGAUCCUGAACUGACAAUUAGUGAACAAUCUGAAGACUUUGAAGGAUUCAGAGACAAUCGUAAAAAUGCAAUUAUCCUUCGAACCCGAUUAUCUGUUCGAGUUCACUCAAUUAUCGAAAGGUUGCUCAAUUCAUCGGGAGGAAGUUUAAGACGAGCUUUGUUUACACUUAAACAAAUAUUCCAGGAUGACAAAGAUUUGGUUCAUGCUUUUGUACAAAACGAUGGUCUAGCUUGCCUGAUUAAAGUUGGAUCGGAAAAUGAUCAAAAUUAUCAAAAUUAUAUUUUAAGAGCUUUAGGUCAAGUAAUGUUAUAUGUUGACGGUAUGAAUGGUGUUAUUGAACAUAACGAAACAAUUCAAUGGCUUUAUUCAUUAAUAUCAUCUCAAUAUCGACUUGUUGUGAAAACUGCGCUCAAAUUGUUAUUGGUUUUUGUUGAAUAUCAAGAUUCCAAUUGUCUUCUUCUUCUUGAAGCUGUAAAUAUUGUUGAUUCUGAACGAGGAGCUAAACCUUGGCACAAUAUAAUUAACCUUUUAAAUGAGAAAAAUUGGGCUGAUAUGGAGUUGUUGAUUUUUGCCAUGACUUUGGUUAAUCAAACAUUGGCCGGUAUCUCUGAUCAAGAUACUUAUUACGAUGUGGUUGAUUCACUAGAGGAACAGGGGAUGGAAAGGGUAAUUCAAUAUUACAUGUCCAGGCAAGGAAUUGACAUGGAUUUAUUGAGACAGUUUCAAAUUUAUGAGGCGGUUCUACGUCAUGAGGAUGGUGAAGAUGAGGGUGAAGUGUUGCCCUUGGAUGCUCGCCAUUUAAUACCUCGAAGUCGAUCUCGUGGAUAUUUGGGUACCAGUGAAGAGGAAAGGCGAAAAAGUCGCCGCCAUUCAACCGGCAAUCUACCUCCAAAAGCUUCCUCUAAAAUAACCUCAGAAAUAGUCCCUUCAUGGCAGCGUAAAGUGAUAGAAACGACUGAACAGUUUAACCGUAAAGCUGGUCGUCCCAAGGAGUCAACUCAUCUGGUCAAUGGAUCAACAACCAAUGGUUCAUCAAUAAAUGGUUCACCCGCAUCGCCAGGCUCAACAACAUCAACGACAACAACCAUGACCACCAAUUCAGCGGGUACAACAACCAUAGAGAAACAGUCAAAUGGAUCAACAGUGACCACCACCACACUCAUUUCCGAUGAUAUAACACCAGGUCUACGUCGACGUCGGGAAAGGGAUGCCCAUAAUUCAACCAUGAUUAAACAACAAUCGGAUUACAAUUUGCGUGGUCAAAGAGCUUCAAUAUGUUCCUGUUCAUCGGCCGACUCCUAUGGUUCAACAUCAUCUUCAGGAGCUUCCUCUGCCUAUUCACUGGGAAGUAAUGAGGAAAAGUCACCGUUAAUUGAAACAAUUAAAUUGGUUCCACCGUUGCUUGUUGAACCUAAACCUAGGCCAGUCUCACUUGGUGGUAGCCUGGGUGGAGCAACAAUUGAAGAUGAGCUGAAUAAACGAAACAAGGAGUUCUCCCAAUGGAAUGAUCAAUCUGAUAGUUCAUAUCAAAAUGGUGGAUCCAACCUCAGAGUUUCUGGUUUAAGUACAACGAGCAAUGAGAAAAAAUCAUGGAUGUUGUCCAUGAUGUAUGGCAAAAACUCGGAGAUUGAUGAUGAUUUAACUGUAACGACGGCACUGAAUAACAAUAAAAAUAGCGCAAAUAAUAUUGUCAAUAAUAAUACGAUUAAUGGAAACAAUAACAAUAUUGUUAAUAACAAUAACAAUAAUCUGGUUAAACCACCAACAUCACCUAAACUCUGGUCACCCAUUUCAAAUUCAAAUGGAUUCCCGUCAACCGUUGAAACCAUCAGUGGUUCCUCGAUUGGGGUUAAAACUAUUCAAGAGAGGAUCUUGAAGUCACCCAGCCCAGCAGGACCUCGUCAACCAAAUAAAGUAUCUGGAAUCAAAGAGUCAACCGGACCGGGUAAUCCGGUUCAAGAUCAUCUUCAUUGGGAUAAUUUAACCAACGCUCUACUGAGCCGGCCACUUUACAUCAAUGAUCUUGACUUUACCGAUCUCAAAUCAGAUGAUGACCAAGACAUAUUUCAACCACAUUUUGAUACAAUUGACUUUUUUCAGAAUAACGAAGGUUCAUCUCCGAUUCCUCCUCCUCCUCCACCUCCUACGGAUCCAGGAUGUGGUGUACCUCCGCCUCCACCGCCACCAUUCAUGACGAUGAACCAUCUCAAUGGAAACUCAUUGCGUCCCUUUCCCAACUCAGGGCCACCUCCUCCUCCCUUUAACCCUUCAUUUCUCCGUCAAAACGGUUUAAACGGAAUUCUGGUCAAUGGUCGUGAACAAAAUACUCCUUCACCAACACCCGAUGCAAAUUCAAAGUCAAAUAAUAAUAAAAACAAGAAAACUGUUAAAUUAUUCUGGAAAGAAGUGAAAGAAGACAAAUCCCUGUUGAGUCGGUUAAAGAAAAAGAAGACCAUUUGGGAUGACAUUAAAACGAUUCCGAUUGACACCCAAAAAUUGGAACAUCUUUUUGAAAAUCGAUCCAAAGAGUUAGCCAACAAAGAGAAAGCUCAAGAGGGUAAAAAGAAUGAGCUAAUUGUAUUGGAUGCUAAAAGGUCCAAUGCAAUAAACAUUGGUAUGACCAAAUUACCUCCACCUAGAACAAUUAAAACUGCCAUCAUGAAAAUGGAUUCAACCAUCAUGAAUAGAGAUGGCAUUGAAAAGAUACUAACCAUGAUGCCAACCGAAGAUGAGAAAACCAAAAUCACGGAAGCUCAAAUGGCUAAUCCUGAUAUACCCUUGGGAAGUGCGGAAAAUUUUUUACUAACCCUGGCCUCAAUAAGUGAUCUAGAGGCCCGACUUAAAUUGUGGGCAUUUAAGUUGGAUUAUGAUGCUAUGGAGAAAGAGAUUGCUGAGCAAUUGAUGGAUUUAAAGAGAGCAAUUGAAGAGAUUGAGAAAAAUGAUACUUUCAGAAUUAUUUUGGCCACUCUUUUAUCUGUUGGCAAUUUUCUCAAUGGAAACGAAGUGAAAGGAUUCCAAAUUGAAUAUCUUUGUAAAGUGCCUGAAGUUAAAGAUACCGUUCAUAAGCAUUCAUUGUUGCACCAUUUGUGUCACAUUGUCAUGGAAAAGUUUCCCACUUCUAGUGAUCUUUACAGUGAAUUUGGUUCCGUUACUCGAGCUUACAAGAUUGAUUUUGAUGAUGUCCAUCGGACCAUUCAAAAAUUGGAAUCUGAUUGUAAAGCUUCUUGGGAUUAUUUAAAAGUAAUUGCCAAACACGAGGAUAAAACACCAAUGAGAACCAAAAUGUCGGAAUUUCUUCUCGAUUGUGCGGAAAGGAUAACUGUACUUAAAAUUGUUCACCGUCGAGUCUUGAACAGGUUUAAAAAGUUGCUCAUUUUUUUGGGCUUCUCAUCAUCGGCAGCCAAAGAAACCAAGCCUCACCAAGUAUUACAAAUAAUCUCGGAAUUUGCCCUGGAAUAUCGAACCACCCGGGAAAGAGUAAAGGAGCAAAUUGAAAAGAAAGCUUCCCACCGGGAAAGAAACAAGACUCGGGGAAAAAUGAUAACAGAGACUGACAACUUUAAAUCUAAAGAGCAAACUGCAGAUCAAAAGCUACGUAAAGUACUGGACAAUGGUUAUACCGAUGUUGAGGCUGAUCCUAAAGUGGCAUCCAAAUGGGGAACUUUACCUGGAGCUCGAACGCGACAACGAUCAAACAGCACAUAUGAGAACCAUUGUAACACUCUUAAUGGUAAAUCAAAUGGCACUUUAACGGAUGCCGAUGAUGAGAUAUUGGAAAGUUUGGUUAAAACUGUUACCGCUCAACCAUUAAGGGCUGACCAACGGGCUAAAAGGAAAAGCCGUUUUGCGGAAAGAAAAUCAUUUCGACGGACCAGGAAUGUUUUUGACCUGUCAGAAGAGGAAAGGUUGAUGCUUGAAAAUAUCACCAGUUGAUGAAAAGGCCAAAGAAAAGCUCGAAACGAAAGUCAAUGAAUCCCAAGUGAAAUUCAUCAUCAUCCGUCUUAAUACCAACUGGAAGUCCAUCAUUAAAAUUGACCAUUCAUCUUUCUUCUUUCAUCCAAUCUCUCUCUUUUAUACAACAAUCUCAUUGAGAUUAAGGUUUCUACUUUGUAAUCACAAGUCACCAGCAAAAAAAACAAAAUGUCCUCAAUAGUUAGGAUAAUAGCUUAGCGAAGUAAAUCCAAAUUGUCCGAUUCUCCAUCUGGACAGGUUACCUUUUGACAACAAUAACCGUUAUUAGAACAACAUUUUUUUACACAAAACACCGAUUAAUCUAAUUUAAUCAUUUUCCUUGCAUAAACAAAAUGUUUUCAAUCUCGUAAUUUUGCAACUAUAGAUAUAUAAUAUGUAUAUGUAUAGAUUUAUAUUUAGUGUUUAUUAAGGAUUUUGAUAAUUAUGAUUAACGGACAAAAAGUGAUCCAAAAAUAUGCAAUAUUUGUUAUUAAGGGAUGUGUUAGCUUGCACCAUAAUCAACUGUCCAGUUCAUCAUUCAAUAUUAUUAUUGGUUAAUCAUGGCGAUUUAAGAUGAUUUGGUCUUGGUCUUGGGAAAAGUGUCAUGUCUUGAUUCCUUUUUUUCUGUGUCCAUACAAUCCUAUUUUGUGCUUGUUUGAGUCUAACAAAAUGAGAGAAAGUUGAAUUAUGAGCAUUGAUUCAAAUUUUGUAAAUUAUUAAUUAUUUCAACUUAUUCCUCUCCCUUUGACUCUUGUAAUCAACUUUGAUCAUUUGCUUUUACCCUUUCAAGUCUUUGCCUGAAUCUAUUCUCAAUCUGUAAAUAUGAAAUUGGAAGAAUUGAUUCUUACCAAUUUCAAUGAGAAAAAUGUUGAUUGUUUCUUGAUUUUUGUCAAUCUGUGAAUCUCUUUUGUUUUAUAACAGAAAAAUGUCUGAGAUGCAAUUUCAACAUUUGAUCAAAAAGAGACUUUUAUGGGUACUAAUGAUCAAAUUGAUUAUCAUUAAAUUUCUUCUGUCCAUUUA